CAAACUCCGAUAGGGAGAAUUUAUUUUUUUUCUUUGGCUGUGCAAAGAUCUUUUUUUUUUCAUCGUUUCAAAAAUGUUUUAAAAUUAAUCUACUUAGACUAUGACAUUGCCACGUCUGUAUUUGUUAAGGAUAAAAUACAAUUUUAAAUCAAUAACUUUAUUUUUCUAUAAAUUUUUCACGAAAUAAAUAUGAACAUAUCCACUCCCCAUCCACAUUCAUAGUUCAAGUACUCUUGGAACUUGGGCAGCACAUCUUACAAAAUAAAACAAUACACUGACAGUUACACAAUAACAGUACAGUAACUACAGAUUAAACUGUAACGCAAAGUGCAUUUGUGCAGUUGCAAACGGCUAAAAUGUUAUUCAGACAGUUAAUGAAAUGUUUGAAGCAAACAUCUUUUAGCCUGAGUGAUUAUAACACCAAAAGAAACUUUUUUAGAGCAGUAAGUUUCAGCUCGUGUGUCCUGUACUCCUUUUUUUAGGCUCUAUGCUAGUAAAUAACUUUUUAAAGUCAGUUGUAGGCGUAGAAUUGGGUAUAGAAUCUAUCAUAUUGUAUAACUAAGCCUGCCUAAGCCAUUUUAAGUUCAUUUGUUCAUUGUCACUAACAAUACUAACACUAACAUUUCAUUAAAUUAACAGUCUGCUGCUGUUACUGGCAGAUUUAGUUUUAGAGACAUAACUAGUGUAACUAGGAGAAAACCAUUUAAUUUUAAUUAUUUACAAAUAAUAAAUGGGCUCCUAUAUAAUAUUAGGCAUAGGCUAUGUUUUAGUAUAUAUUAACUGUUGUUGUAAGUCGGCUUAGGCUUAGCCCAGAAACAACAAUCACAAAAAAUAAUGGUAAAUGCCCCCAAGCCCAAGAAGAUGCUAAGGCUAAAGUCUUUUUAAAGACUAAGACUAAAGAUGAUGAUGAUUAAGUACUUUUAUAGCGUUUGUGUCCAUUCUAUUUUAGCAUGCUCUCAGCGCUCUGAUGUCCUAAAAUCUAUUUUUUAAAAAAAAGGCUUAAAUGGUUCUUAAAUAAAUAAAUUUGAUCUUUUUCAAUGUCCCUCAAAGAUUGAGGCAAACUGUUCCACAACUUGGUGCAUUAGUCUCAAAAGAGCACACCCCAUAUGACUUCAUUCUGUGUCCAUCCACACUGGGAACUCUAAUAAGGACUGUGUGGAAGAGCACAGGUUCUUUAUGGAUAAAUUUUUAGAAAUCAAUUUCUGAAGAUAUACAGUUAUAGAGCCUUCUAUACAAGGACAGAAUUUUGUAGUCAAUGCACUCACUCACAGGAAGCCAAUGGAGAUCUUUAAGAAGUGGUGUGAUGUGAUCAGAUUUUUUUAUAUGCAAUACAAUGUGUGCUGCAGUAUUUUGUACCUUCUGGAGUCUCUGAAUUUGGUAUUGAGGUAAAGCCAACUAGUGGGGUGUGGACUGCACUUAUUGAACCCCACAGGAGGGUGACACCAAAUUUGACAUAACUGGCUUGAGACAGUUUCAUAAAAACAAGAGCAUGAUGCAACCAGAGCAAGUUGCCACCAGAAAGGUUGUCACUAGACAGGUUGUCACUAGGGCAUAGUCCCACCAGAUAUCAGGGUGCCACAAGAGCAGACAGAAUGAGAAUGUCCUCAUGGAAGUGUGCAGAAGAUGACACCAUGAGUUUACCGCACUGAGUAACAUCAACUCUAGUGACACCAGUGGAUCACAGUAACUUGUUUUUCUUUUAACUAUUUGACAUCUUUGUACACUUUUCCACUCCUAAGAUGAAACAUAUUUCAUUUCGCUGAGAGAUUACCGCCUAAAAUAUAAAGUGUAUAUAAAAUUUUAGAACCAAUUUUGACUAAAGAUUAUCUUGGAAGUCGACCAAGCUACAAGCAAACUAAUUAUUAAUUUUUAUAAAUGCUAUAAUGUUUUUUUAUUACUUUUAAUUUUUUUUUAGGUUCAAUUACAAGCCAAUAUACCAGGUACCUUUGUUGGAUCAUUGAAAUCUAUUGUUGGUGAUGCAAAUGUUUCCACUGCAGAUGCUGUCAGGGAUCAACAUGGCCAUGAUGAAUCACAUCAUGAGUAAGGAAAAAUCAAUCUAUAUUUGCUAAGAAGAUACGCAGACCUGUUUACUCGCAUAUUUUGGCAUAAAAUCUACGAUUUUGAGAUGUCUUUUAUGAUUGUAUGUCGAUACCUGUCAAAACUAAUAUUGUGUCUAAUAUUUAAGUAUAUAAAAUUAACACUCCCACAUUUUUUUAAUGAUAGUGGUGAUGGUCAUAUUGUUGCUUUGAGUUUCCAUAAUGAACUCGCUACCCACAGCAACAGCAAUAUUAGUGUAGUCCCCCUAGUGACAAUUUUAGUCAAUUCGGAGUGAUCCAUAUAACAUGUACACAUUGAGAGGGGAGGUGGGGUUGUCGAUUUUUGAGAUUUUACGCAUGGGUAGGUCUCGGCAGAAAGUACGUGCAUUAAUCAAAAUUUCUACAAUAUUCAUCCUGAAACUCUGAAAGUCCAAAAAUAGCAUAUUUAUAUCUUGAGUGCUGUAAAUUGUAAAAAUAUCAUGCAAUGUUUUGUAGGAAUUAUUGUCAUAAUGUUGCCAUGUAUUUUCACAAAUUAACUCGGUAGAUAUCACUCUUAUAGUAUUUAGUAGUAGAGGUAUUACAGUCCACCUUAUUUUCAACGUGCAUGGGACGUAUAUUUUUUUGGGUACACCAGUGUUUCUAAAAUUUUCGCUUCUCUGCGCCUAUGGUGAAUUCAGGUUUUCUCCAGGCUUCAUGUGUUCAUCUCUAACAGGUACACUUUGAAAUAGCAAAUACACAAACAAAAAAACAAAAUAAAAUAAAGGGCGGGGUAAAAAUAAAUAUAACACGUAUGGUUGUCAUUAAGCUCCAUCCUGCAAACAGUAGGUAGUCAAGUUUGUUACACUUUGCACCAUGGCCGCUAGAUGUCACAUAGAAAGUAAAAUGAUGAACAUUUUAUAAUAUUUUGCAAUGCCCCUGUGUGGAGGCCGCAGUAACCCAUAUAGAAAAAUUUGCAAACCCCCCCCCCCCCCCCCCCCCGACAAAUAAAAGGACUAUUUUUAGCACCCCUCGUCUUUGUGAAAUAUAUGGGAUUUAUAGUUUAAUUAGGUCCUUUCUAAAGAUGAUUUUGGCACCUGUUGCUCUUCGCUCCAUUCUCAUGGCCCUGCCCCAGGGCAACGAGCUUCCAGGAUGAUGCGACAUAUAUUUUGGGAACCACUGGGCUCACACCAGUGACACAAUUUGUCAUUUUGUUUCCUGUAACAUCAUAAUUAUUAAAGAUUAUUGGAUUUUGUUGGUGUCUUUUUUUUUUCAGUGGUGCUGUAUGGUUUAACUUUGUGACAUGACUAUUUCUUAUGGUUGAACCUUGAUGAGUGCAGAAACAGAGAAAACUAGAGAAUGCAUUCUCAACAGUUCCGCACAGCAACAUUAGAUUUCGACAUAUUUUAUUGGAUCUGAGAGGGCAUUUGAAAUCUAUUUUUAGAAUGCUCCAAACAGCUGUACAAUUUUUAAUACUCACUCUUAACUUUUACAGAAUGUGGUAGUUAUCAGACCGUGGUAUUUAACAGGAAAUAGGCCUAAUGGAUAUUGAUUUAAUUUUUUAUUUUUUCAAACAGCAAUUCCUAAAAAAUAAAUUUCAAGUUACUUGGUAGGUUUUUUUAAAAUGAUGCCCAAAUUUGUUAAUUAAUUCUUAUUUUAACCAAUUUUAGUUGAAGCUGAUCAGAAAUAAGGUUUGAACCAAAGUAAAUCUCACCAGUAACUUUAUUUUUACCAGUGACAGACUGAGAUCAUGUGAUCUGCACGUGCACCUAAAUAUUAAUUAUAUCUAUAGCAGAUAAAUGCCUGCAAAAAAAGUGACUACAGAUUGCAAUAUAAAAGUCAGCCAUCUUCUUUUAGAAGUUACUCAUAUUGAUGCUAGCUUGAUCCCACUAGACACGCUAUGCCAGUAGUUAUUGUUUAAAUUAUAAGUACUGUAUAUUUAUCUAUUUAAUAUUAAGAUACUGAUAUUGUAUUGUACGAUUUUGAGACAAUAUUGUGCAAUUUUAGGAGCUCGAGGGUAAACCGGUCUGGAUAUAUAAAUUUUGAAAGUCACAGAUACUAAGAUAGAUAAUAAUUCUCCACAGAUGAAGGCUGUGGUCAUUUGGGUGGGUAUAUGGUGGUGUAGGCCCCAGGCGUCUAAUACAAGAGUUGACAAAUUCAUUAUUUAUGCCAAAUAUGUGUAUAUACAAUUUAUUGGAAAGUGGGAAUGAAAAAAUCAGACUUUUUCCCACAGACACAGAUUUUGCUAGCCUUAUCUCUACCACAAACAAAUUCAGUUUCAUUAAUAGUGAAAAGAGUUGAUGCUUUGGUUAAAUUUAAGCAUGAGCUGGUGAAAUUUGAGACGAGUUCAAUAAAUAAUUAAAAAUACUAGAGGAUUCAUAUGUGUGUUUUAAAAUCAACUGCUGAGUUAACCCAUUUAGUUUAAACAUUUACUUUAUUGUUCUUGUCUUUAGGGUGCACAAGCCAGAUGUGGUAGUUUUUGCAGAAUCUCUUGAACAUGUGUGCAAAGUUGCCAAGCUUUGCAAUGAUAACAAAGUCCCUUUAAUUCCAUUCGGAAGUGGGACAGGUUUGGAGGGAGGUGUCAAUGCACUACAGGUGAGAGAAACAUAAAGAACCUUCAAGUUUCCUGAAUAUUUUAAAAAGAAAUUAAAUGCACAAAGGAACUCGAUUGAUUAUUUAUUAAGUAGUUAUCAAGUACUUUUUAAUGCAUUUUUUAUGGAUUUAGAAAUUAGAAAGGCAACAUAUUAAGUGCCAGUAAUUUUACAGAAAUUAUUUUCAGCUGAUGAAAAAUAAAAAAAAUGAUCAAAAGGGAGAAAAAAAUCAGCUGUUCAAUAUUGAUAAUUUUAAAAAGUUUUAAUAUUAAUUUAUUUUACCCAGUCCCAUGAUUAGAAAUAGUUUUUCUGAACUUCUUGAGUUUCAACUAAUACUUGUCACAACAUGUUGCAAUGUUUGCAAUGUUAUCUGAUUGAUGCAUGCUCUUUUACUCCCGUCUAUGCCCUUUCACAAACUGAUUGAGGUUGAGUUUGCAGUGUUAAAAUUUGUGGGUGCUUUUUUCCAACUUUUUGGAAAUCGUACUUUUUUUUAUAGCAUUUUAGUUUUAUUUUCUUUCUUUUCUUGAAAUUAAUGCACAGUGUUACUUUACAACUAGAAUUUGUUACUGAAUGGGAUUCAACUAUGAUGGUUUUAUAAUUUGGCCUUGAGAUAAUUAUUUUGUAUUAUGCUUGUGUCAUCAAGGUUGAUGUAUAGUACUUGUUAACUUGUGUAAAUUGUGCACAAAAAAUAAAAAGUCUGUGAGGAAAUGUUUUUAUUAUAAAAAAUAGUUAUUUGCAAACUUUAAAAAGAUUUAAUUUGAUAAUGGGUUGUUAAAGGCGGCCAAAUUGGGACAAAUCUAAAAUCACAAAAACACCCCACUUUUCCUAAUUGUGGCUUUAAAUCCAUUGUGAAAAUGGCUAUUGAAAAGCAGAUUUCAACUUGUUUCAAAAGAAGGUAUACAUUUGAGAAAAUAAUUAUUCAACAAAUUGGAAUAAAUAAAAAUUUGAAAUUAAGAGGCCUGAGAGGAUGAAAACCUUGAGAUUGAGUGGGUGUCCUCUAGACCAGUCCUUAGCAACCAUUUUUGCCGCACACAUGGCUGUAGAGCUCUGUGCAAGAUGGCAGGACCUUUGUUCUUGGAUGAUGACACCACUGUCAUCUGAGAGCCAGCCUGCUAGGUGCAUUAGAUCAGUGCCAUGCCAAAACGGGUCUGUAAACCUUAAAUGUUUGGCAAAACGCUGCAAUAGAUUACUGUAUUGAAAUUGAGGCUAAAUUGGUCUGGUUCAUUUAAGUCACGAUGAAACAAAUUUUUAAAAAUUAUUGCGAGAGGGGCACAUGCUAAUGUUUCACUGGAAAAUGUAGGUUAUAACUAUUAGCCUUAAAGAUUCUUUACAAAGCUAGACACUCUAACUGAAAAUUGUAAGGCAAAAUGACAAGAUAUCUGUACAUUAUUUGAUUUUUUAAAGACAUUGAUCUUAUCAGUUCAAAGAUAAAUUUGAGUUGUCAGGAUAAAUCUAAGCAGUGUUUACAACAUUGUCCCUCUACAAAAGUAGCAAUAAGAAGAUUAUAAAUACUUUAUCCUGAUUUUCAUAUUCAAGGUCACCAACAAUUACUGACCUGUGCUGUGCUGAAUCGUGCCAUAGCAAAAGCUGGGCUCGUUAUAGAUACAUAUCAGGUUAAUUGUCUGUUGGGACAGAGAAUGGUUGUAAUUCUAUCAUUAAGACAAGGGCAGGGAAUGGUUGUAUCACUUUAUCAAGAGCAGAGGAUGAAGGUAUCACUGAGACAUGGGCAGUGACGAUAGAUGGCAAGGAUUGAGCCAUCUUACUGCAUCAAGGGAUUAUUGGAUAUCACUAUCUAGAAGUAUGAAAUGAAAACUUAGGUUCAGACACCCCCACCCCCCUUUAUGUUAAGACUACAGGUCUAGGCACCUGUGUUGUCCCUGCUGUCAACACACUAAUGAUGGUUGGCAAAUACAAUCCCUCUUACAGAAAAAAAAAUGUAUAUGAUAAGAUGGUCGGUGCAACUGUCCAAAUCCUCUUAAGAAGUUUAAGUGCCACAGGUUGACAGGAGCUGUGUCAACAGACUGGGAUAGUGCCCGGUACAUUUUCCCAAAUGUGUACUGUGUCUGAAGGAAAACACCUCGAGUGAAUGAAUUUUCGAUGUGUGUCACUUUGCAAUCCAACCCCCCUGCACAUGGUAGAAAGAUCUUUAGAGUGAAUGAGCCAGGUUGGAUGUCAGUGGAGCGAGGUGAGUUGCUACCGCCCUUUCCCUCACCAUUCCUCAAUAAUGCUCUAUUAUGAGUACCCUGUUUAGCUUAUUAUAAGUCACAGAUGUACAGUUAUGUGUCGCUGAUUUUGAGUCAAUAUGUACUAGUAGGUGCCCCAUAUGUAGCUUAUGUUAAGUCACUGGCGUACAGUUAUAUAUAGCUGGUGUUGAGACAAUGAUGUAGUAUUAUGUGUGCCAUGUUUAGCUGAUGUUUAGUCAAUGAUGUAGUAUUAUGUGUGCCAUGUUUAGCUGAUGUUUAGUCAAUGAUGUAGUAUUAUGUGUGCCAUGUUUAGCUGAUGUUUAGUCAAUGAUGUAGUAUUAUGUGUGCCAUGUUUAGCUUAAGUUAAGUCACUGAUGUACCAAUUAUAUCUACCUUGUGUGGCUGAUGUUCAGUCAAUGAUGUACUUUUAUGUGUGCCAUGUGUAAUUGAUGAUAAGUCACUGAUUCACUAUUGCAUGGUACAGGGUGGAGUGAGUCUGAACAUGUCCAAAAUGAAUCAAGUUGUAAAAGUGAAUGCUGAAGACUUUGACUGUACAGUACAGCCAGGCGUCAUGAGGAUAGCACUCAAUGCCUACCUUAGAGACACUGGUCUGUGGUUCCCAAUAGGUAAUGUACUAAUUGGAAUAAAUCAGUAUGAAUCCUGGAGGCAGACAGAUGUUUGGUCUGUUAAAUCCAUUAAUAUGUUGUCAUUUAAUUUAAAUGUUGGCUUCUGAUCCAGUGAUAGAUACAUUUUUCCUAAAAGUUUGUUGACUCUGCAUCACAAGUUUGUGUGUGUGUACUCCAUAUUUCAGUCCAUAUUUUCAGAACCCAUGAUCAUGUGACAAUCUUUUCUCUCACCUAAUUAACAACCUUCUCUUGUUCUAACAUCUUUUUCUGAGCUGUUUAUUUCUCACCCACUGCCAAUUAUUCUGGGGUUCUUCUCUUGUUUUCUUUAAAUUUCCCCUUUCUCAGUUAAAACGUCUGAUUUCUGAAUGCUUGAUGUUAAUGAAACUGUGCACCUUUUAUUCUUGUGUGGUUAGACCUUAAAAGUUUUCUCAAAAUUAAUAUUAACUCGAAAAAUCUUUGUGCAUUGCCUGUUCUGUGAUGCUCUUUUUGAUUGGUAAAAUGUAUGUCUCUUUUUUUCCCCUCAUUGCAACAGACCCAGGAGCUGAUGCCUCCAUAUGUGGUAUGUGUGCUACAAGUGCAUCAGGCACAAAUGCUGUUCGCUACGGCACGAUGAAAGAAAAUGUCCUCAAUCUUCAGGUUGUGCUCCCAGAUGGUAGAGUUAUUGAAACGGCAGGGAAAGGCAAGAGGUCAAGGUUAGUGAGAUCUAAUAAUGCAAAGAUCAUAAAUAUUUUCACUGAUAAAAUAGUCUUCAAAAUAGCUUCAGAGGCUAAAGAGAUCUAAUCACAAUGGAAUGAUGAUUUAACCAUGCAUAGCUUUAUUGUCAAUUUUUUUAAAUUAUAGUAAAGUACAUGUAGAAAUAUUUUAUAUCCACAUAUUAGCUGUAUAUUUUAGGAUAUUAUAAAGAAUAAUUUUAUUCAAAGCUGUAUAUUAAUAAAAUCAUGUUUAGCAAGAAAUGCAGAAAUAUACUUCAGUUACCCUCCUAGAGGUAGUCAGAAUACUGGACAAAUAACUCAAAUCUUAGUCAGUCUUUUUUUUUUUUUGCCAUUUGCUGAUCACUUUUCUAGUUUCUCUCCAGAAGACUAGUCUAAGACCUACACUUGGACAGGCUAAUGCAUUGUCGUUGUUCCCCCCCUUAAAAAAACACAACUAAUGUUUGAUAACAGGCUCACAUAUAAACACUUUCACUAAAAUAAAUUUCUAUUUUACUAAAAAAAAUCUAUUCUUUAAGUAUUUUAGUUUCAAAUUUAAUUCACCACAUCUGUCCUGUCAUAAUUAUCAACGCUACAAGGAUGACCCUUACUCUCUAAGUUCAUUGGGAGAUUUAUUUUUUUCGGUAUUCUCUUGAAGCAAGAACAGCAUCUCAUUAUUAGACCAUAUUUUCAUCUUGUUUGCAUUUAUACAAUCUAGGAAAACAUCAGCUGGCUACAACCUGACCAAUUUGUUUGUUGGGUCUGAAGGCACUCUGGGUAUUAUUACAGAGGCUACAAUUAAACUCUAUGGCAUUCCUGAAAAAGUAGGUCUUGGCAAAAAUAAAAAGUUUCUGAUUAAUUUGCUCACAUUUAAAUGAAAACAAAUGCUGGUAAUGUUUAAUAAAAUAUAGUCUCUUUCAAAUGCUAUGUCAUAUCUUAAACUUCUCAAGUAUGUUAGGCUUUAUAAUAAACCUUAAUGGUAAAGCAAUAAUUAAACUCAAAAUACCAGUUUUAAUCAACAAAAUAAUGUUAAAAACUGCAAUAAUACAUCAUGACCUAAGUGUUUAUGAUAUGACUGCUUCUUAUUAGUUUUUUUUUUUGUAUGUGUGUCUUUUAGUUUUUUUAUAAUUUGGUUGGGGUGGGGAUUAAAAAUAUAAGUAAACAUUUAUUUAUACGCAAUUUUUUUAACACAGAAGAAGUUUGAUGUUACUGGCUUAGGGAUAUGCAAUGUACAUUUUGAAUAGCUCUUCUUACUACUAAUGUCUUGUAUAAAAGGUAAAAAGGUUUGGGUGGGUGGUAGGUCUUAAUAGUUUUAGUAUAACACUACAGUAAUAAUAAUAUAAUAAUAAUAAUAAGUGGUCUUAUAUAGCGCGGUACCCCGGUACACAAAAAGAGGAAAAUGUAUUUGAUUAUUAUUGACUUUGUCUGCAGACUAUUGCUGCAGUCUGUCAUUUUGAUAGUGUGCAGGAAGCUGUGGACACAGUGGUUCAGAUAAUGCAGUCUGGAAUCUCAAUGGCUAAACUUGGUUGGUGAAUAUGUUGAGAGAGACAAAUCUUGAAAAAAAAAAAUUAAACAAAUAAAUUUUGUUACCUAUCUUCAUCAAGUUUAUGAAAUUAAUCCAUUAAAAGUAAUAUAAAAUAUGCUUGUUUUUUUGUUUUUUUUAUAAAUAAUAGUUAUUAUAGAAUCACUUGACAAAAACACCAAAAGAAAGCCACUAAAAGAGUAAUUUUGAAAGACUCCUUUGAAUAUGUCUUUGCAGAAUUUCUGGAUGACAAAGCCAUUGAGGCCUUCAACAAGUACAGUAAGUUUAACAUGAAAGUGGCCCAUUCUCUUUUCCUGGAAUUUCAUGGACCAGCCUUGGGGCUUGAGGACCAGUUUAAUACUGUCAGUGAGUACCAUUUUGUCUUUUAUAUAUUUAUUCUGUUCACAUCAGAUAGAGUUUUAAAAUUUUUCUGGCUGUUCAGAUAAGGGUAUUAUUUACAUUUGUGUGUGUUCAUUGCAGAUAGCAUGUACUAUGCUUAAUUUCUUUCAAGAAAUGCCAUUAAUUCUCGUUUGAAUAGAGUAUGGCUAAUAAAUAACAAACUGGACAAAUAUGAAAUUUAUUUUAAAAUAAAAAAUAUACCACAGGAGUACAAUUAUGGUGUGAAUGUGAAAUUCGAUCACCUAGUCUGUGAAAAUAUAUUUUUAGGGGCCCUAGAAAGUCACAAUUUCUCAGCAAGACAAAAAUUUAAAUGCUUAUUAAAAAUUAUAUCUUGACAAAAUGGCUUCAUUUUUUCUUUUCACAUUGAAAAGUUAAACAAGUUGAAUAAAUGUUCCUCCCCACAGAGGAACUUAUUACCAGCAACAAUGGAUCAGGACUGCAGAUAGCAACAGAUGAAGAUGAAAGGAAACGGUUAUGGAAGGCCAGGCAUGAAAUGAUAUGGGCAUGUACUGCUCUUCUUCCAGGCUCUAAGGUAAAACUAAACAAAUCAGUUUACAUUGAGUGCCUGCAAUGAGAUUAUUAUCAGUUCAAAAUAAGGCAUUUAAACAUGAUUAAUGACUUCUUAAUACAUUAGUGCAUUUUUAUAUGAUGUACUUAAACAUUAAGAUUUUAUAUCAAAGAAUUGUCAAUUAUUUCCAUUAAUUCCUACACAAAUGUUAUUUUGUCUUCUAGCCUUAUUCAACUGAUGUCUGUGUUCCUAUCUCUACCUUGCCAAAAGUCAUUGUGCAGACAAAAAAAUGGAUUGAGGAAGCAAACAUUAUAGGUGAGAAUAUGUUUGGAAAUUAAUAGAUUAGACUAAUAUUGGCCAUGGAUUUUCAGAAAAAUUCUAAAGAUUAAAAGUAUGAAAAUAUUGGUUUAAAAAGUAUAGAGCAGAUUUGUGAGUUUCUGGCUCAUUCCUAAACAUGUUAAUUACUUUCAGUUUAAUACAGCAACAUUUUAAAUACUUUUUAUUUUGUUAUUUAUUCUAUCUAAUUUUUUUUUAAUGUUCUAUGUUUAAAGUGGUUACAUCAGUAGUAAAGUGUUUCUAGCAAGACAUUUUUAGAGGUGAACUUUUUUUAAUAUCCCUUGAAUUCAUGACCAGUUGAGAAUCUCAGUUUGUUAGUUUUGUGAUAUGUCAAGCCUUUGUUUUAUGGCGUUGGUUGUGUUUGUUCACUAUGUGGGAAAUGAAUGCAAAUAGUGAAUCUUACAGAAAGGAUCAUUCAUGAGUUGAGGGUGGUGUGGAAGUAGAGUAGGGUUGUUGAAACUGUUCAGUGAAGUAGCUUGCAUUUAUUGAACUGAUAUUGAUUAGCAUGGCUUAGUAUCACCGGUACAUUGUUUUGUUAUCUUAGAAAAUAAACAGCUUUUUCCAGUGUCCAGUGAAAUCAGAAUUUCUGAUGGAAUGUAAAUCAGAGUUUUAUUAUUACAGUAGAAAUGAUCUGCAAAACAAAUGCUGUUUCAAUGCCUGAACUUCCCAUCUACUAAAUUGACUUGACAAAACAUGCAUUCAAUUGAGGCACGCCAUAAGAAUUCCAAUGAAAGCAUAUUUCAGGGAAUUUUAUUUUGGUGCCUAUUAAAUAAGGCGUUGCAGCCAUACAUACCUACCUAGAUUACUAGAGUAUUAUCAGGGUGACGUUGAAUUUAAAAUUUAAUAUGAGUAACAAUUUCCCUUGUUCUUGUAUGUAAUAGAAGUCAAACAGUAAGAAUCAGAAAACCAUAUUGUUAAGCUUAUUAAAUUAUCAGUUUUGGAACCGAUAACUGGUUUUUUAUUUUUACUAGAAGAUAACCUAAUUUUUGUCAUUCUUUAAACCUUUGUCUUUUUGUUGUUUUUUAAAAUCAGAAUUUUCUUACUAUUAUUUAAUAAAUGAAAAAUCUUUUAAAACAAUAAACAAAAGCAUGUUUACAGUUGCAUGUCAGCUGAUGAGAUUUUUUGGGUGGAAGUCAUUUUCAAAAAAUAGAUGACCGUCUCUAAGAUUGAAAUCCAGGGUCCCUUUGAGUUGUCUGCUGUUCAGGUGUGUAGUCUGAUAAAUAAAGGUUAAAGUUGGUACCAAAAUUCGUUAACCGAAUGAAGCGGUUCUGUGAAUAAAUACACUAUCGAUUGCGACUUAAAAUCUUAUAAAAUAUCAUAUGUCAGUGUGAUUUUGCUGAGCGGAAAAUUUAAGAAUGCAUUCUAAGAACCGAUGAUGGAUUUAAAACCUGAUUCUUGAAACCGAUAAUUGGUUAGCUGAAAAAAACUUUAGAAUCCCUGUACAAAAAUCAUUUGCUCCAUGGAGGUUUUCCAUGUUUAUUUUAAAAUAAAGCAAUGAUAUAUUGACCUGGACUGCCUUCUUUCAGGACCUAUUGUGGGGCAUGUUGGUGAUGGAAAUUUCCAUGUGUUUUUCCCUAUGAUGCGAGGUGAUAAAGAGACGUAUGAGAAAGUCCAAGAUCUGCACUUCAAAAUGGGCUUGUGAGUAACUGAAGCUGGGACUUGGGCUGUUUGUUUGGUUAACUCUCAUAACAAUGAAUAAAAUUUCACACAAACAGGAUGAGACACAAAGAAGUAACAUGAACAUUUUAAAACAAGUCAUCAACCCAUCCAAUUUUAAUCUAGAAAUUUUCCGUUUUAGUAAAAUUUUCUUUUUAAUGGGGAGAAAUAUAUAGGACUAGUUACAGCCUGCCAAAAUAAACUCACUAUUACACCAUACAUACCAAGAGAAUUAUAUAUUUGUUCUCAUUAAUUUAUAUUAAGGGGAAGUUUCUUGUUGCGGAAAAAAGUGUCUCAUUCUGAAUGUUUUCUCCACAGCAUUAACAGAUCCAGUUUCUAUUGCACUGUAAGAUUUGCCUUGCCCUUCUUCUGUAUCGCCACAUUUUAUCAAGAGUUAAAUUUCAAUAUUUCAACACUAUGCUUACCUUUUGUUGUCAGCUCCCAUCCUUGGUCAUGCUGGUGAUGGCAAUUUUCAUGUGGUCUUACCUAUGACUAAUGAUCAAGUUCACAAUGACUUGAACAUGACAAUAGCUUAUCGUAUGGCUCAGUGAGUAGUUAACCAGUGUCACUGUCAAUGUCAAGAAUGAGAUCAAUUAUUGAAAACAAAAACUUUUAUUCCAAUCAAAACUAGCUUAUGGUAUGGCUCUGUGAGUAGUUUACUAGUACCACUGUCACUUUCAAGAAUGAGAUAGAUUAUUCAAUACAAAAACUUGUUUAAUGCUGCUGCCACUUGCAAGAAUGAGAUCGAUUAAAACAAAACUUACCUUCCAAUCAAAGUUCUAAAAUUUUAAACUGUGUCAUGGGUACUAUUUUCUAUAGCCUGUUUGUUAUCCUAGAGGAAAAAAAGUGAUUAUGACAUUAUAUAUAAUGUAAUGUCUGGAAUAAAUCUAAAGUUUAGAUAAGAUUUCUUAAUGGUGAUACAUGUAUAUAUUUUUUUCUUCCUUUUUAUUGUAAGUAGCAUUGUUGUACUGGUAUAUUUCUUUGCUAUUCUGAAAUUAAAGUUUCUGCAAGAAAUGCAACAAAAUGUAUUGUUUCACCCACAUAUUUUGGGGGUAAAGUUUGAUAUUUAAAAAAAAAAAAAUUUAAUUUAAAUUGGACUUGUUUUCAACCUCAGCACUAGAUAAUAGUUGAGGAAAAUGUAGGAAAAUAAUGUAAAAAAUUCUUCAACACUAAGCUACAGGGGAAAAAGUUCAAACAGAUUAAGUGAAGAAUAUUAAUGCCAAGCACUAUAUGGGCGAAUAAUUUUUUAAAAAAUUUACUGUCACAAGGUAUUCUGUUGUUUAACCAAAAUUGGCUAACAAAAGAAAAUUAAGUAACUUAACUGAAAUGACAUUUAUAUUUCUGUUAAAGUAAUGUUUAUAAAACAAAAAUGAAUUAAUCUAAUAUAUACCACGCAAUUCCUUUUUUCAAUUUUAAGACUCACUAUUAGAAUAAAAAUGGGAUUUAUUGCACAAUCUUUAUUUUUAGAUUCUGGAAUAUAUCAAAGGGUUGUGAUAUUCAAAUCUGACCUCUUAUUAUUUGACAGUUUGGCAAUGGAAAUGAAUGGCACCUGUACAGGUGAACACGGCAUUGGAAUGGGGAAACGAAAACUUCUAGAGAAGGAGCUUGGGCCAACAGGCAUUGAAGUCAUGAAGGAAGUGAAGAAAUGUUUUGAUCCCAAUGGUAUCAUGAAUCCUGGGAAGGUAUUUUUUUGAUAAGUAAUUUUGACAAAAUUACUUUGCCAUAAUACAGGUAAAUUAUAUGGACUCCAUGAUGUCAAAUACUUAACAAUUUCAAGCUUGAGUGACGUGUGAUGUGGCCUUAACAUGUCGUGGAGAGUUGGAGUUUUAUUUGUUUAUACUGCCUAGUAAUUCAGGAUUUAUGCUUUAAAUAUGAAUCACAGAAAUAGUUUGUGAUCAGCUUGAGAGUACACUUUGCAGCAAUAUAGAAUUAACAAUGUGAUAUGAUGUGGACAUAUUUGUAUCAGUUGUUUUUUUAAACAGUUUUACAUAAUGUUGUUUUUUUUAAAAAGUAUACAGUUUUGUUAUGACGACGAUGAGUAUACAUUCUUAUAAAAUAAGAGCUGGAUGUCUGUUGUUAGAUAUACAUUAGAUAAGAAAUGUUGUGGUCUGAAGUGCAAGUCAGGGGAGGUUUGUUUUCCAGCCCAGCACACUGUACAGUCACAAUUACCAUAAUAAUUUGUUUGAGGGGGUUUUCAUCAUAUAAAAAACUGAAUUUUCGGAGCACAUCUUUCGUGUGAUCAAGAUAAAAAUUUCUCAAUGAUUUUCUACAACGAAAUAUAUCUUACUUUCAGAAGAAAAAAAAUGUAAUGCUGACACUCUGGUAUUUUAUAAGUGAUCUGUGCAUAUGGAUGAUUCAGAUAAACUUGGUCAUACAUGUUUGUGAUUCUGACACAAGUUUAGCCCCAAUGGGCUGUAAAAAUGUGGGCAAUGUUGUCACCUGCACUAUGUUUUACUAGGGUUUAUACAUUCAAGAUGCCUUAUAGUUUUAAAGCUCUGCUUCAAUUUGAUAUGGACAAAAGGCUGUGAAAACUAUUAUAAAAUUGUUUACUUUAUUUAAUAAAAACAAUUGAGUUUUCUAAACUGAUUAGAUUAAAUGAAAGUAGAAAUAAAUGUUUUGACAGUUUCAGCUCUACCUCUGUUGUUUCAACUCAAAGCAGCUGGCCUUUGUUGAUCAUUAUAUUUUUAAUAAGUAUCGAGGAUAUUUUUUUUACAUAACUUAUCGGUUUCUUGUUAUUCUUCGCUCAAAAACAUUUAUCAAAUGAUACUGUGUUACUUUGUAUAAAUAUCUUUGUUUUAAGUGCUGCCAGUUUUGAACUUCUGAUCAAUUGCUGGCAUUUUCUCCAGUGAUAGCCUACUAUUAAAAGGUCAAAUAUUUGUAGGAAUGGUACUCAGUGUGAUUCUUUCUAUUUCACUGCCUGAUGUUCCACACUUUCUUGCAUAAGAAGAAAGGUGUUUUUUUUGCUUUUGAUAAUUCUAAGUUUCUUAUUCAACAUUAUGAAGUAGUUUGGUUUGAAAAACUACAAGUUACAUCAAUAUUUUUUUUUUAUUUUUCAGUGAUUUUUAUAAAAUUUAAAAUUAUUGUUUUUUAAUAUUCAAAUUUCUAUUAUUUAUUUAUUUUUAAAAAUUGUUUAUUUAUUAUUAAAUAUUUAUUGGAUUACGUGCUCAGGUUCAGGACAGGAAAAAACUAGAAGUUGCUAAUGACAUUAUGUUUAAAGUCAUCUUAAUUAUUAAUUUUUAAAUUUCAAUUAAAGAUUUAAGGGGAAAAAAUGAUGGUGAAGGCUUAUUUUAAUCAGCAUUACCUUUUUAAGCCACAGCAUUAUUAGGACAUAGCAACCUUGCCUUGUUAUUGCAGCUGUCACUUGCAUUUUAUGUGUAAUUAUGAAUAAUUAAGGCAGAGAUCAGUUCGUCAUGAAAUACUGUUGUAACAUUAUAUUUCUGAAAUGACAUCCAUUUUAUAGAGUGCACAUUUUCAAUUAAUUUUUUUACAUAAAUUGCAAAAAAUCCAAAGACAAUAAUAAUAAUGUCCAAUCAAAAUGUCGUUAAAAGUGUUAAAAAAUAAAUUUGUUCCUCUUAAAACUAAAUGUUAAGCAUAGUUAAAAUAGGUUGUGUGAUUUUUUUUAUUUAAAAAAAAAAUUAAACUGCUGAUGAAAAUUUGAUGCUUAGAUGUUACAUAUACUAAUUAUCCUGGAAUUUUGACAAUAAUUUAUAAAUACAAAUUAAUUACGUUUUGUUGGACUACUAAGCUCAGAGUGCUGUCAACUGCUGGUUAAUGUAGAAUUUGCAUUCCAAAAAUAAAAAUAUAAGUUCUGCUGAAAAAAUGGAAAAUUUAAAUCAAUAUUAAAUUUUUUAUAACCUCUAAGCCAGCGGUCUCGGGCUGUGAGUUGCGACCCUUUUCCAGGGGUCGUCUAAGACCAUUGGAAAAUUCAUAUGCUCUACAGUUAUGAAGUAGUAAUGAAAAUAAUUUUAUGUUUGGGGUCGCCACAACAUGAGUAACUGUAUUAAAGGGUCACAGCAUUAGCAAAGUUGAGAACCACUGCUCUAAGGGCUAAAUUUUUUUAAUUAGCUGUAUUUAAAUUAACCUUCUUAUUUUAUUCCAAAGUCUAUUUCCAAUUCACUACUGUUUUAUUUGUAUUUUUGUUGUUGUAAAGAAUUUGAACCAAAUUUGUUGAAAACUUAAAAGGUGUUAAGUGACAGGACUUAUUGACUUGUACAGGUUUAGAAUUACAUUUUUUUAAAAUUAAUUACCCCACAUUGAAUGCUUACCCAUAAAAUACAGGAUUGUUGUCUGAGUUGUUUGAAUGUUUGUGUUGUAUUUAUUCAGAUUAAAUCAAUUGACCAUUACCGCCGUAUAUGGUAUUAAAGAGGGCUUACUGCCAAUGUUGCUUUUCAUGAGGCUAAACUUCUCCAUGUACCAUCAACAAAUCCAUACAAUGAAUUUUUACCACAAUUUCUAAUAUACCAUAUAUUUUUUUCCAUAACAAUAGCUUUACAGAGGAAUUUUUAUUUGUUAUAUACUUAUUGCAAAAUUUUGACUAAAAAUGGCCUUGAUGUUGAUACCUAGAAUUAGUUUGACCUUUGAAUGCUCAAAGUAUUAGUGAGAUAUUAUUUAAUUUUAAUUGUACCAGGUUGUUUGUUUUGGUAAUUGAAUUAUUUACUCAGAUCAAUAUUAUCAGGGUGUGUUUUUUUUGUGUGACACCAUCUUAUACAUAGAGAAAUUUACAAUAGAUGUGCUGUUAAUUUUUGUUCUGUGAUAUAAACCACCAACAGCCAGACUGAAGCAUGGUAAAAACUGCCGAGAAUAACCAGUUGAUUUACUGUUACAUUGAGCAUAAUUUUUGUUGUUGAAAGAAUCGUUUAACUCAUAGAUCUUGUCAAACUUAAAUACUUAGAUCUUAGUGACUUUAAAACAUAGAUGUCUAAUUAUUUAAGGUUGAAUUUAAUGACUUAAACACACAUACUAUGAUAUUCUUUGUGACUUUUAUUAAUAAAUUAUGCCUUAUGAAUUUAGUACAUAGACCUUAUGAUGUAUGGACUCUGAUGGUGACAAAAGCUAAAAAUAUUAAUUAUUUAAUUGAAUAUAAAAUAAUCAAUUUUUGUUAUUUAUGUUUCCAUUAUUUUUCCAUUAUAUUUUUUUUUCUCUGAAAAUGCUUGCUUGGAAAUUUACAGGAUUACAAAAUAAUAAGUUUCAGAUACAGUACAUCAACAUUGUAAAUUAACAAUACAUUUUAUAAGUUAUAGUAAUCAAUAUUUAUUUUCCUCCAUAUAGAAAUACCUUUGUUACUUGUCUAGUUGAAAAAAAAAUGUAUGUUGAUUUUUAUUAAAGGAACUGUUGAUAAAGCUAUGACACAUAUCAUUUAUUGGGUUGCAUGUUUCCUACUAUGAUUUCACGUGAUAUAACAAACAAGAAAGCUGGCAAUAAAAUUAAAUACCAGAAAAUCCA